AUGCAGCGCCAUUACUGCCUUCAAGCCAGCGGUACGAUGGUAGCGGAAGAACGGCUUAAGGGUAUUACACCUCUGCAAGGAGAAUUAGUUACCUUGCCUUCCGUCCAGGAACUGCGACCAGUCGACUCCUUUGAGGAAGCAUACGUUGCAGAGAUAGACAUAAAGUCAUCCAACGUGGUUGUGAAGCUGCUAGAUACCCACUACCCUCGAAACCCGGAGGUCAGCCUUUCUCACCUGCGCCGACUCCUAAGGCCAGAGAACCUGCCAGAGCCACUGAAACAGGAACUCGAAGACCUGGGCCCCCAACAGAAACCAGUCGCUUCGAUCCAUGUGCUGAUCCCGCCUCCGCUGCCGGAACUGUCAGAAGUGCAAGCCUUACUCGCUCCGUAUACUCCCAAGCUACGCAUUGACGGUGAACCCGAUACAUCUGGACCUGAACGCCAACCUACUGUCCGGAUUCAAAGGACGCUCAUAUCUACUAAACCGCCCACCACAGCCGACGAAGCGCUUGAGUGGUCCCGGACAAAAUGGUCCACGGUGUAUAAUCCCGCAGCACGAUCCGCAACUCACGCUCCACCGCAGGUUCAGCUCGUCAGAGCCAAAGCGUCGAUAUCUCCGCGGGCAGGGUAUUAUAUCGCCCUAGCGAAAGAGGUAGCCGAUGAAACACUGCAAUCCAAUCGAGGCCGUGGCGUAGGUGCCGUUAUCGUCGACCCCGAGCUGGCCACUGGCAAACCAGAUGAUGCAAAUGACCUUUUGAACUCAGUGGUUGCAGUCGCAGGCGAUACGAGAUGGUGGAAAGCUUCCCUGGAACACGCUAGGCCAGAGAAAAAAAAAGAAGAAUACAGCAUAGACGACGAAGCCGGCCCAGAGAGCCAUGCAGUUAUGCGAGGAAUAUCCAUGGUAUCGCGAAAACGGAAAGCUUUAAAUAGCCCUGUGACCGACGACGAGGCGGAAUCACCACUACUACCAGAACUCUCGGAAACAGGGUCGGCGCCGUUGUCGCCCACCUCCCUUGAAUCGCACUUCUUUCAACUACCUAAUUUAUUAAAGUCUUCCAAGGGAGGAUACCUCUGCACCGGGCUAGAUCUGUACAUCACGCAUGAACCGUGUAUUUGCUGCUCUAUGGGCAUGCUGCUCUCUCGCUUUCGAAGCAUAACCGUUCUGCAUUCUGGCAUGCGUCGGUCGGCGGGGAGUAAUGCGCUUGACGCAGUGCAUGGCUACGGGCUUCACUGGAGGGAGGAGCUGAACUGGAGAGCCAUUGGGUUCGAGUUUUCCGAGUCUGCAGAGGGGGAUGACAAGGCUGAAGAUGAGUUCAAUGCUUGA